AUGAACACUCAACUAGAUGAACUCCAAUGGAAAUCACCAGAAUGGAUCCAGGCAUUUGGACUGCGAACAGAUAAUGUUCUGGACUAUUUUUCAGAGUCACCGUUUUUUAGCAAGACAUCAAAUAAUCAAGUGAUCAAGAUGCAAAAACAAUUCUCACAAAUGCCCUUACAGCCGGACACGAAACAAGACCUUCAAAAUAAGUCUACUCAGGAGGGGCAAAAUCAGAUCAACGGGGUUAUCACAUCAACAACGUCCCAGCAGUUGGAGCAAAGCGAAUUCACGCAUCUGGAUGCCAUGCGAAGAGAUAUUUUAAAUCGAUAUCCUGCCUAUGCGAUGUUAGAAAGAGAACUGAUGAAGAUGACAGGAGUUGAGUACGUUGUUGGGUGUAUUCGUGAACCCGAUUUUUGGAUUAUUAAAAAGCAGAACAGACUAGCACCUACCCAGAUUCAAGUAUUGCAAGACUAUUACAUAAUCGGGGCCAACGUAUACCAAUCCCCCACAGUACUCAAAAUAGUGCAGAGCAGAUUGAUGUCUACUACUCUACACUUAUCGAAGACGCUACAACAACUACAAACACUCACAGAAUUCCAACCGGCGCAAGGUGUCCAAUUCAAAAGAUCAAAAAAUCUGGCUGUAUCGCCGAGCUCAAAUGCAAACGCUCCAGGUAGUCUAAGCUCCAAUAAUAGUGCAGCAGCAACUAUGGCUGCAAAUAACAAUAUGCCUUCCAGUACUGCAGCUACGGCACAAACGGGCUACACUGUUGGAACAGGUACCGUGGGGACAUCACAACUGGAUCAAAAUGGACAGAACCAAACAAAUAACGUGAUAACACAAGAAAUGAUGCAAAAAUUAAUGUUCAUCAGUGUCAAAUCGCAGCCUGAAUUCAUCUAG